AUGAGUAGCACCUUUUGUUUUCAGGUGCAACCACCUUCCUAUGUGACGGCGACGCCGAUACUCCGUGCGGUGGAGACUUGUUCAACCAUGGCGGAACUGAAACAACACCACUCCCUCAUCUUCCGCCUCGGUCUUUCCACCGACAACCACGCCAUGUCUCGCAUUAUCAACUUCUGCUCCAAACACCACCAAUUCCAGUACGCUCUCAAAGUCUUCAACACAGUUCCAAACCCAGACACCUUCCUCUACAACACCCUUUUCAAAUCCCAUUUCAAUUCCCAAACACAAACGCCCUUCAAUGUCAUUCUCUUCUAUUCCCACAUGCUCCAACAAUCUCUAACCCCAAACUCUUUCACAUUCCCCACUGUCAUAAGGUCUUGUUCCUUUCACAGAGAACUAAAACAGCUUCAUGCCCAUGUUAUUAAAUUCGGAUUUGGUUCUGAUGUAUUUUCUCUUAACAACUUGAUUCAUGUUUACUUUAGUUUUGGUUCUUUGGAGGAUGCUAGAAAGGUGUUUGAUAAAAUGCCUGAACGAAAUAUCGUGUCUUGGACUACUGUCAUUUCUGGGUACUCUAACUGUGGAAAUGUGGAUGAGGCUUUUCGUGUUUUUGAACUUAUGUCUGACAACAACUCUGCUUCUUGGAAUGCUAUGAUUGCGUGUUUUGUAAGGAAUAAUCGGUUUAAGGAGGCAUUUGAUUUGUUUAACAGGAUGAGGGCGGAGAGGGUUGAGGUGGAUAAGUUUGUGGCUGCUAGUAUGAUUUCGGCGUGUACGGGGUUAGGAGCUUUGGAGCGGGGGAAGUGGAUACAUGGAUAUGUUGAGAGGAGUGGGAUUGAGUUGGAUUUCAAGCUUGCUACAACUAUAAUUGACAUGUAUUGUAAGUGUGGUUGUUUGGAGAAGGCGUUUCAGGUGUUUAAUGGGUUGUCUAGAAAAGGAGUUUCGUCUUGGAAUUGCAUGAUUGGAGGGCUUGCAUUGCACGGGAAAGGAGAGGAUGCAAUCAGGCUUUUUAGGGAGAUGGAAAGAGAAAUGGCUGUCCCUGAUGCCAUUACGUUUGUUAAUGUCCUAACUGCGUGUGCUCAUUCUGGAUUGGUUGAGGAAGGGCGAUAUUACUUUCGUUACAUGACAGAGGUUCAUGGUGUUGAGCCGUCUAAGGAGCAUUAUGGUUGUGUGGUUGAUUUGCUUGCUAGGGCUGGAAGACUAGAUGAAGCAAAAGAGGUAUUGGAUGACAUGCCGAUGAGUCCAGAUGCUAGUGUAUUGGGUGCACUUCUCGGAGCUUGUAAAAUCCAUGGGAAGUUCGAGUUAGGAGAGUCGGUAGGGAAGAGAGUGGUUGAACUAGAGCCCGGUAACAGUGGACGUUAUGUAAUGCUGGCUAAUAUAUAUGCUAGUUGUGGUAAAUGGAAACAAGUUGCUGGUGUGAGGAAAUUGAUGGAUGAUAGGGGAGUAAAGAAGGAACCGGGGUUUUCCAUGAUUGAAAUCGAGGGCAAUGUCAAUGAAUUUGUUGCAGGGGGAAGGGAUCACCCUCUUGCUAAAGAAAUAUAUGCCAAAGUUGAUGAGAUGUUGGAAUCAAUCAGGUUGGUUGGUUAUGUUCCUGACCCUGAUGGUGUUUUGCAUGAUCUAGUUGAGGAGGAAAGGGAAAAUCCAUUAUUCUACCAUAGUGAAAAACUUGCAAUUUGUUAUGGUUUAUUAAAGACGAAACGAGGAGAAACCCUUCGAAUCACCAAGAAUCUAAGGGUUUGUAAAGAUUGUCACCAAGCAUGUAAACUGAUUUCGAAGGUUUAUGAGUGUGAUAUAAUAGUAAGAGAUAGGAACCGUUUCCACCAUUUUAUUAAUGGAGAAUGUUCUUGUAAAGACUACUGGUGA